AUGCUGUCUUGUAGCACAUGCAGGGAACGGUGCCUACAAGCUCUCCUCGGGGGUUCGGCCGCUUCAUCACCAAUUUUGAGAACUCCUUUUGCUGCGAACCUUGGAAGGGAGCACCUCUCAAGGAACUAUGGGACCACGUCCAACCCGUCCAAGAGACCUACCGCCAUAGCUUCGCAUCUGCAAAAUGCGACCCCCUUAUCGAACGGAAAUCGAUCUUUUAAUAAUGCUACCACUAGCAAAGACAAACCAUCAUACCAAGGGAAACCAUCGUACCAAGGGAAAUCAUCGUACGAAGGCAAAUCAUCGUACGAAGGCAAAUCACUGUACCAAGGCAAACCACCGUACCAGGGCAAAUCGCUGUACCAAGGCCGCACAGCAGGGUAUCCCUUUCCUAUAUCGCGCAAAGAACAAGAGUUGGAACGGUUAAUGGGAAAUGUUCUGCAGAAGCACCCUGCCUAUGGAACUGAUCCUCUGAAACUCGCCGACUACGUGCGGAAGGCUUUGAAUGGCGAUGACUUCGAGGCUGCUCUGGGGGUUACUCGAGCGGCGAGUAAAACUCUUCAAUGCGUAGUGAGCUGGAAUCAUUUGAUUGAUUGGCAGUUGAGUAAGGGGAAGAUGAAUGCUGCUAUCAAAACUUAUAAUGAGAUGAAGAAACGCGGCCAGCAACCUGACUCCCACACUUUCACGAUCAUUAUCAGAGGCUGCACCGAACAUAAGAAUCUGCCUGAAGCACUUGAGAAAGUGCUGGCGAUAUAUCACUCAAUGCAGUCUCCGACAUCGCGUCUUAAGCCGAACGCAAUACAUUUAAACGCUAUUUUGAAGCUGUGUGGACGGGCAAGGGACAUGCAUGCUAUGUUUGAGAUUGUAGCUAGUAUGCCAGGCAAAGGCGUGACGGCACCGAACAACUUGACUUUUACGACAAUCCUCAAUGCCCUCCGAGCAAAUGUGGAUUUUGAUUUCCGGGGCAAUUCAUCCCCACUGGAGAAGAGGCGAAACACUCAGAAAGCUAUUCUUAACGCCCGGCAUAUCUGGAAAGAUAUCACGAAGCGUUGGCGUAAAGGAGAUAUACGGAUCGAUGAGGAGCUCGUCUGCGCCAUGGGGCGUCUUAUGCUCCUUGGUGACUCCCAAGAUGUGGAUGAUAUUCUCUCGUUGGUUGAACAAACUAUGGAUAUACCUCGCCAAGUCCCGAGCCUACAUUCUAAAGAGCGCAAGUUAAUCGACCCUUCAAAGCAAGGCAAUCUGGAAGCCGAAGACUCGAGGCCUGCCCUUGGAGAGUCUUCUCAAGCUUCCGCUGACACACUCCAAGUUUCAACAGUGGACAGUUUCGAAGUCAUCAAAGUACCAAAAGCUCCAUCUCCGGGGACGAGCGCAUAUGCUGCGCCUGGGCGGAACGUGUUGUCCCUAGUUCUGAAAGCUUUGGCGAACCAGAGGCUAAAGGCGCCUGCUACUUUGUACUGGGACAUUUUCGUGCAUAAGCUUGGAGUUCAGCCAGAUACCAACAACUAUAACGAAUACCUCCGUAUUCUCCGGGUAGCAAGAGCAAGCAGUCUGACAGUUCAGUUGCUUCAGCGAAUGCCAGAAUCAAUCAUGGCAACGGCGACCUUCCGCAUAGCAAUAUCAUCUUGCGAGCGAGAUAAAAACAACCCAAGUGCGUUCAGCAAUGCUAGCAAAGUUGUCGACAUAAUGACUUCUGCUCUCACAGUCCCUGAUAUACAAGUGUUAAACCAAUAUCUGGAAGUGGCUGUAACAGGCGGAGCCGCCGCGAAUGCAUCCGACAAGGAAUCCUCAAAACUUGACCGUGGGAAGCAAAUUAUCCGGGCCCUUGAGCGCCUCAACCCCUCCUUCAUCAACAUCAAAACGUACAUGUUCAAAGACUGUCCCCCCGAAUUAGACAUGACACCACAAGAAUUCACCGAAGCCCGGGAAGCCGUCCUCGUUCUAACCCGCCGAAUGAUCUCCGCCUGCACCAUACUAGUAGAGAAAGCCCUCGCGCCCCCCUCGAAAAUCGCCGAAAUCAAUGAACAACGCAACAAGUUGUCUUCCUUCAUGACACGCUACGCCAACGCAAAAUUCAAGACCCCUGGGUCAAAAAUCCAUGAGCUCCCCCCUCACCUCGUGGGGUAUGUCAAUAGCCAUUACCUCAACAAGGCCAUGGUCAGAGCGCAAAUUUCAGAGGAGAAGUGGGACGCCUUCGUAAAGCGACUCGAAACUGAGUAUAAGUUUGAGCAAGAUCAAAAGCUGCAGGCGAAGGAAAUGCAGGCGGAUUCUGCCAAGGCUGCCUCAGUUUUACGUUUCGAGCGACAACAAAAGAAACAGGAGUACCUUAACUAG